GGGAACACCGACUCUUCUUUCUUCUACCCGUUGGCGGCGCCAGGUUUCAGCCACCAUCAUUCCUCCUCUUCUUCCACAAUAUCGCCCUCCCUCAAAAUAUAGACGCUCAUUUUUCUAGGUUUUUUGAUGGGGAAGGAGAAGGGAGAAGGCGCAAGGAGCAAGAAUCGCCCUUCGAGUAGCAGUCUUGCUGCGUCGUUGGUGCCGGUGGGAGCGUCAAGCAUUGGAUUUGGAGGUUACGUUGGGAGUUCCAAGAUCGAGUCUUCUUCCUCAACAGAAGAAUCUCCGUCAUUCUUGAACGUGGAUAAUGAAGUGGCACAACACCUGAGGAGGCUUGGCAGAAAGGAUCCUACAACAAAGGUUAAAGCUUUAACUGCAUUGUGUUUACUAUUUAAACAAAAGUCUUCAGAGGAAGUUGUGCAGAUUGUGCCACAAUGGGCAUACGAGUACAAAAGGCUAUUGCUUGACUAUAAUAGGGAUGUACGGCGGGCUACACAUGAUACCAUGGCUACUCUUGUUGUUGUUGUCAGGAGGGGCUUGGCUCCACAUUUGAAGUCUUUGAUGGGACCUUGGUGGUGCGCUCAAUUUGAUCCAAUUCCUGAGGUUUCUCAAGCAGCCAGGUGUUCCUUAGAGGUUGCAUUCCCUGCACCAGAAAAAAGGUUUGAUGCCCUUGUUUUAUGUGUGGAUUCGAUCUUUGUGUAUCUAGACGAGAAUCUGAAGCUCACACCACAUGCUAUGUCUGAUAAGGCUACACCUAUGGAUGAGUUGGAAGAUAUGCACCAUAGGGUGAUAUCGUGUUCACUGAUGGCCAUUGCAACUCUGAUUGAUAUACUACUGAGCAAAGGAGUAGAAACUAGCUCUGAAAUUGUUAGCAUUGAACAAAAGCUCGCUUCCAAAGCUAGGAUAACAGUUACAUCUGCUGCUGAAAAGUUAUUUUCGGUGCAUAAUUUUUUUCUAGAUUUUCUUAAGCAUAAAAGCCCUGCUAUUCGUUCGGCGACAUAUUCAGUUCUAACAAUCUAUGUUAAAAAUAUCCCUCAUGCUUAUAAUGAAGGAAACAUGAAAUCCCUAGCAGCAGCUAUACUUGGUUCUUUCCAAGAGAAAGAUAUGUCGUGCCAUUCUUCAAUGUGGGAUAUGAUUCUGCUUUUCUCCAGAAGAUUUCCAGAUGCUUGGUAUUCCAACAAUAUUCUUAAAACCAUCUUAAAUGGACUGUGGCAAUUUCUAAGAAAUGGAUGCUAUGGAUCACAGAAAGUUUCAUAUCCAGCAUUGUUGAUUUUAUUAGAAUCUUUGCCUCCUAAGGCUGUUAAUGGGGAGCAAUUUCUUCUGUUAUUUUUCCAAAGCCUCUGGGCUGGAAGAAAUUUAUUGCGCUCAGCCACAGAUAAUGCUAUUUUCUUUAAGGCAUUUCAAGAAUGUUUUUUGUGGGCAUUAGACAAUGCAACAAGGUUUUCCAAAAGUGAUUCUGGCCGAAGUUCUCUAUCUAUACAACUUGUUAAUGGUAUUCUUAUAAUGCUUUUAUGGUAUGAUUAUCUUCCAAUGAACUCCAAAAAUCAUGGUGAAACUUCAUUGGAAAUAAUUACUAGGGUUGAAGGUAAUCCAUUAUCAAAUGACAAGUCAGCUGGAGCAAAAAAAUAUUCUUCAAGCUAUAUUCAAGAAUUAGGCAAAUGUAUUGUUGAUAUAUUGACACAUGUUUCAUUGAAAGAUAUGAGUUUGCUCCAUGAUUUCUAUGCAACAUUUGUGAAAUAUUGUUUGGCUCUUUUACAACAUAAAAUCUUCUCAAAAAUAAUUCAAGAGUAUUUCAGAAGGAUUAUUAAUUUCUUUUUGCUUCUGGAUCAACUGCCUUUGCGGAAGGAUCAAACAUGGCCUUGGGAAUUUCUUGCUGGACCACUGAUUGCGAGCUCUUUCACAACUAUCAAAACUCUU